AUUUGAGUUAUGAGUGAACGAGAGGGCGAGUUUCCUAGCCAAAAAUGAAAAAUUAGCUCGAGGACACGCGUCACAGCAGAGGGUAUGUUCCCGGCUAGUAGUCGGUUAACCCGAAAUUGUUGGGUCGAUGGGCUUGAGUCGCUUGACUAUUGUAUUUGAUCAGCUAAUGGUGCAACAACGACGUGUCGUUUACAUCAAAAUUCCAACCCAAGACUGGUUUUCCCUUACUUGAGGCUUGAGCUGGGCAACAAUCCCAGUGUGAGUCGAAAUGGAAGGAGAAGAAGCAGAGGAGCUCACCACCUGGUGCAGAGAAACGGUGCCUAAGGUUUUCAGAAUCGUAAGCACCAGAUUGCCUCAGAGGGAGCUUGUUUCUCUUUUGCUCGUCAGCCCAUGGAUUUAUCGCACUUUGGCCUCCUACCCUUCUCUUUGGCUGGCUAUUGAUUUUCGAGAGAGGAGUAAUGCUGGGAAUUUGCUUAUUUCUGCUCUUUCCUUGCCGAGAUAUCAGCAUGUGAAGCAGGUAAACCUUGAAUUUGCACAAGAUAUUGAAGAAAAACAUCUUGAACUGGUUAAGAGCAAGUGUUCAAGUACACUUCAAAAUCUGGAAUCUUUAAAUCUUAAUGGUUGCCAAAAGAUUUCUGAUAAGGGAAUUGAAGCUAUAACAAGUGUAUGUCCUAAACUGAAAGUCUUCUCUAUCUACUGGAAUGUCAGGGUGACAGAUAGUGGUAUAAGAAGUUUGGUGAAAAACUGCAAACAUAUCAAUGAUCUAAACUUAAGUGGCUGUAAGAAUAUUUCAGACAAAAGUUUGCGAUUUGUUGCUGAUCAUUACCCAGAAAUAGAGUUUUUGAAUUUGACCAGGUGUGUCAAGUUGACAGAUUCUGGCUUGCAGCAAAUACUGCUGAGUUGCUCUUCUCUCCAAAGUCUCAAUCUUUAUGCCCUCUCUAGUCUCUCAGAUGACACUUACAAGAGCAUAUCGCUUCUAUCCCAUCUCAAAUUUUUGGAUCUAUGUGGUGCACAGAAUCUCUCAGAUGAAGGAGUGUUCUCCAUAGCCAAGUGUCAUAGCCUCGUCUCUCUCAAUUUGACUUGGUGCAUACGUGUCACUGACGCAGGGGUCAUAGCCAUUGCAGAGGGUUGCACCUCACUUGAUUUUCUGAGCUUAUUUGGAAUAGUGGGAGUGAGUGACAAGUGCUUGGAGGCCUUAUCAAGGUCUUGCUCUGAUAAACUUACCACACUGGAUGUGAAUGGCUGUAUUGGGAUUAAGAAACGAAGCCGAAACGAUUUACUUCAGCUGUUCCCACACCUGAAGUGCUUCAAAGUACACAGCUGACAUCUUGAGGCGUUGGAGUUUAUAGAUUCUAAGCUUCAUUUCAUUUCAUGCCCAUUCUUUUCAUAAAAUUGAAUAGGAAGAUUUUGUAUAGUUUUCUUUAUUAAUUAAUGUUGUAUUCACUAUCCAAUGAUAAAUUUAAGUUUUGAAGUCCA